ACCAGCUAUACCAUACAAAUGAGCAGUGGAAAAUGUCUAGACCUUCGUUCUUGAAUGCUGAGCUCACUAGUAGCGAGAAUAAAAAACCACUUGAUUUGCAAAAGAACUUGCAGUCUAACUUCUUGAAAGAACUAAUCAAAUUCAACGAUAUUAACAACAGGCGUAUUGCUGAAUUCAACAAUAAAAGCACCAAUAAAAUAAACGAGCAGCCUGCUUUGAAAGAGCCAUUUCAGCUACUAGAUUUAAGAAUAGCAGGAAAUAACAGUUUCAACAGUGUUACUAGUAGUGAUGGUCAGGGUGGUGGUGGUGAAGAUCAUGGUAAUGGCAAUGGCAAUGUUGAAAAACGCCCUCCAAAACCAAUUAGACUUGAUAAACAGUAUUUUAUAAACUAUAGAAACAAUAGAAACAAUAUUUUGGCAAAGAAAACUCCUAAUGAUCAGAAAAGUCAAGAUGGAAGUAAUGUCGAGAAAGACGACCAAGAAAAACUCUUCUUUAAUACUACAAUUUCAGAUGAGAUAAAUAAAUCCAAGUACAGUCUUCAACAGAUCAGCUCAGAAAUUAUGAACAAUGAUUAUGAUAGCUUGAAUUUCAAGCUUAUCGAGGUUGAAGAUUACUUGAAGUUCCUUCAAAUCUACAGAAAUAAACUAAAUGCUUUGAAAGCCUACUACAAUUUCAAUAACAAUGCUAUUCAGCGUCAGAAAAUAAGUUCCAAUGACAGCAAUGGAAAUGUUGAAAUAACCUUUAAUUUCAAAUCAAAGAUGAACAUCAAUGAUCUAAAUCUUAAUAAUAAUGCUAAUAAUGAAGAUAACUUGCUUUCAAAGGGCAAUCAACAAGCAGAUUUCGAUAACAAUGAUAACAGUUUAGAGAAGAACCUAAAUAAGAUUUUAGAUCAACUAGAAGAAUACAUUCAACUAAUUGAAUCCAAGAAUCAGCAAUUAGUUUUCCAGAAAAAAAAAUUGGCCAAUUUUUCCAAACUUAUAGGGGUUAAUAAGAUUUUAAGUGUUAUUAACAGAAAAAGGAAAUACAAAAGAUUCUUAAAGAAAGUUAUAAUUCUUAUUGCAGUGAUUGCACUAUAUCGUACAUUUUGCUAUUUUACCAAAUAAAAUCUCAUACGCCUGACCAAUAGAUGGUUGGAAUUUUGUUUAGAUUUGAUAUAUUUGCUAUGAGAAUUUGUAUUCUUCUGGAAUAACUCUGUUUGUGCACAGAUC